AUGUCUGACUCAGGGAAGAUCACCAUCUCCAUCGAUCGUGGCGGCACAUUUACUGAUGUCCACGCGAUUCAACCUGGCCGUCCCGACAUUAUCUUGAAGCUUCUCUCUGUCGAUCCUUCUCAUUACCAAGAUGCCCCGACUGAGGGUAUCCGUCGGAUUCUAGAGCUUGCCACCGGGGAACCACACCCCCGAGGCCAACCAUUGAGACUCGACCGUAUUGGUUGCCUCCGCAUGGGCACAACCGUUGCAACCAAUGCCUUACUCGAGCGCAAGGGUGCCCGCUCAGCACUCUUCACGACGAAAGGGUUUCGAGAUUUACUGAAAAUUGGCGACCAAUCUCGCCCGGCCAUUUUUGACCUAUCAAUGGCUCGGCCCGGAGUACUCCCGGAGAGUGUCGUCGAAGUCAACGAACGUGUGCUGUCGUGCCAUCCUUCUGCUGAUAGCGCUUGCUUCUCCGAUUGCCGCUUAGUAGAAGGAAUCACCGGCGAGAAUUUCCGCGUGGUGCAAGAACUAGACCUCGUUCAGGUGAAGGCAGAGCUCCAACGACUAAAGGAGCAAGGAAUUCUGUCAAUCUCUGUGGCGCUACUGCAUUCUUACGCAUAUCCUGAGCACGAGCGUCAAAUCGGCGAGCUCGCUCAAGAGAUGGGAUUCUCGGUCACUCUCUCUUCAAACCUUCAACCCAUGAUCAAGAUCGUGCCUCGUGGCAUGUCGGCCGCUGCUGAUGCCUAUCUUACACCUGUUAUCAAGACAUAUAUUGACUCUAUCUCUUCCAGUUUUGAAGGUGGGUUGGAGAGUCAACAGAAAUGCCGAUUUGAGUUCAUGCAGUCAGAUGGUGGACUGGUUGAUUUCCGCAAAUUCAGCGGGCUGAAAGCGAUUUUGUCCGGCCCCGCAGCUGGUGUGGUUGGCUUUGCAGCCACUAGCUGGGAUCCCACCGAGAAGACUCCCGUCAUUGGUUUCGAUAUGGGUGGUACUAGCACAGAUGUCUCCAGAUUCGAUGGCCACUUUGAGCAUGUAUUUGCCUCUAAGGUUGCAGGUGUGAUAAUCCAGUCCCCUCAACUUGAUAUUAACACUGUUGCUGCUGGCGGCGGCUCCAUCCUCACUUGGCGUAAUGGCUUGUUUUAUGUCGGGCCUGAGUCAGCAAGUGCUCAUCCUGGUCCGGCAUGCUACCGUAAGGGUGGCCCUCUUACAGUGACAGACGCCAAUCUGUUCCUAGGUCGCCUUCUGCCCGAGCACUUCCCGAAGAUCUUCGGGCCGAAUGAGAAUGAAGCUCUAGAUACAGAGACGACUGCACGCCUUUUCAAUGAACUCACACAGAAAGUCAACAUUGAACGCCGGCAGCAAGGCCAGUCGGAAUUUUCCCCAGAGGAGAUUGCACUUGGUUUCCUUCAUGUGGCCGAUGAAUCUAUGUCCCGGCCAAUCCGUAACCUCACGGAGGCUCGUGGCUUUGAGACAGCAUCUCAUCAUUUGGCAUGCUUCGGAGGUGCUGGUGGCCAGCACGCAUGCUCAGUGGCCAAAACGCUCGGAAUAUCCCGCAUCAUCAUUCAUAAGUAUUCUUCCGUUCUAUCAGCAUACGGCCUUGCUCUGGCAGAAGUUGUCAAGGAGUCUCAGGAACCUGUUUCGUCAGCCUACCUAUCUUCACAAUCUACACUUCUUCAACGCCUCGAUAACUUGUCAGCAUCAGCAACCAAAGAUAUGGAAUCUCAAGGUUUCCCCUCCACUCAAGUGCGCCAUGAGCAGUACUUGAACAUGCGCUACGAAGGUUCUGAUACCAGUCUAAUGAUCCGGAAGCCCGAGAACUCAGACUUCCUGGAAGCAUUCCGCAUUCGUCAUCGCCGGGAAUUCAACUUCAACUCUGACCGACCUGUCCUUGUUGAUGACGUUCGAGUACGAACAAUCGCCUCUUCCAAGGUGCGGACUGAGCAAAGUCCCUUGGUUCAACUGAAAGAAGCCGAUCUGCGAGAUGUCGCGCCGGCUUUAAAUACCACUUCAGCCUACUUUGGCCAGUUGGGUCGGGUGGAUACACCAGUUUACCUUCUCGGUGCAUUGGAGAAGAAUUCCCGCAUUCAUGGCCCGGCUAUCAUUAUUGAUCAAACCCAAACAAUUGUCGUGGCUCCCAACGCAGUGGCGAACCUGCUCGAUACCUGCAUUGUCAUCGAUCUCAAUGACGAACCAACCUCAUCUGGAAGCGCCCUGUCAUCGGAAAUUGACCCCAUCAGGCUUACCAUCUUUGGACAUCGGUUCAUGUCUAUCGCUGAGCAGAUGGGUCAUACGCUACAGAAAACCUCCGUUUCAACUAACAUCAAGGAGCGGCUAGAUUUCUCUUGUGCUCUAUUCUCCCCCGACGGAGGUUUGGUUGCCAAUGCACCCCAUGUUCCGGUUCAUCUUGGAUCUAUGCAAUUUGCCGUGCGUUAUCAGCAUGAGAAGUGGCUAGGCAACCUGAAGGAUGGUGAUGUUCUGGUGGCCAAUCACCCCAGUUGUGGAGGCACCCAUCUGCCCGAUAUCACAGUCAUUACACCGGUCUUUGACCGACCUGGUGGCUCCGAGAUCAUGUUUUACGUGGCUUCCCGUGGACAUCACGCUGACAUUGGCGGUAUAUUACCUGGAUCAAUGCCUCCCAAAUCCACCGAACUGUGGCAAGAAGGCGCCGCCAUCGAAGGUGAUAAGAUUGUCAGUGAUGGUAUCUUAGAUGAGGCACGGUUGAUCGAGUUGCUGGUCACAAAGCCCUCGAAAUAUCCCGGCUGCGUUGGAGCACGCUGCAUUAGCGACAACUUGUCUGAUCUGAAGGCACAGAUUGCCGCCAACACUCGUGGAAUCAGCUUGAUUCAAACUCUGUUUAACGAAUAUGGAACUCAGACCGUGCAAAAGUACAUGUACGCCAUCCAGGCAACCGCCGAGGCUGCGGUGCGCAAUCUUCUCAAGGAACUAUAUCAGAAGUUCAAUGGCCAGCCAUUGGAGUCAGUCGACUACAUGGAUGACGGUACCCCCAUCCGAUUGAAGGUCACCAUCAACGGUGCCGAGGGAUCAGCCAUCUUCGACUUCGAGGGUACAGGCCCUGAGGUUUAUGGUAGCUGGAACGCUCCUAUUGCCAUUACUCACUCGGCUAUUAUCUACUGUUUACGGUGUAUGAUCAAUGCAGACGUGCCACUGAACCAGGGAUGCUUGGCGCCAAUUGACAUUCGUGUUCCAUCGUCCAGCAUUUUGUCACCGAGCAAGACUGCUGCCGUCGUUGGUGGCAACGUUGUGACCUCACAGCGCAUUACUGACGUCGUGUUCAAAGCCUUCCAGGCUUGUGCCGCGUCUCAAGGCUGCUGUAACAACCUGACCUUCGGUAGAGACGCCAAGCUCGAUUCGUCCACCGGUGCUGUCAUCACACCUGGAUUUGGAUAUUACGAGACUAUCGCGGGUGGCAGUGGUGCUGGCCCAACUUGGAGGGGUGAGUCUGGUAUACAAGUUCAUAUGACCAACACGCGGAUCACCGAUCCUGAAAUCCUGGAAAAGCGCUAUCCGACGAUGCUCCGUCAGUUCGCUCUACGUGAGGGCUCUGGCGGCCAGGGUAGGAACCCCGGUGGCGAGGGAGUGAUUCGCGACAUCGAGUUCCUUUCACCAAUCCAAUGUUCGAUUCUGUCUGAGCGCCGUGUCCAUCGGCCUUACGGACUGGAAGGUGGCCAGGAUGCACAGACCGGGUUCAAUCUGUGGAUCACGCGGGAUCCAGAUACUGGCAAUGAGCGCCGUAUUAACAUUGGCGGCAAGAACACCGUCUCAAUGAAGACACACGACCGGGUUGUGAUCAACACUCCGGGUGGUGGUGGCUGGGGGGCUGUAUGA